AUGGAGCUAGCAUCAAAAUCAAUGAUUUCAAAUUCCAAAUUCUCCAUACUAAAUCCAGGAAUCCCAAGUAGUAGAACCCAGAUUGUUUCUUCAGUAAAAUUUCCCACUACCCUAAUCAAGAAAAACACAGAGGCUAGCUCUGGAGCCACAAUGCCAACCAUGUCUGAGAUAUUGGCCUCAUCAAGAGCCCAAAACCUUGACCUUCAGCUCCAAACUCUAGGACCCUUUUUCAGAAUCACAGCCAAGAGCUUGCAGACACAGAAGGAGCUUGGCAAGGCUGAGGGACUGAUAAGGUUCUGGCUUAGUGGGAAAAUCCUUCACUUGGAGUCAAUCAGAUUACAGAGAGAGACACUGGGGAUGGAGAAGUCAAUCUUUGGCAUUGGCUUGUUCAUUGGAGCUGUUGCCAUUCGAUACGGCUACGAUUGUGGUUGCAGAACAGCUGAGUUGCUUGCCAUCAAUGACUCUGACAUUUUCCACCACAAGCUUGUCAGGUUCUAUUCAAGAAUCGGAUUCAAGGCUGUGCAUGAAGUAACUGGUUCGACGUUUGGAGACUAUGCCCACAUGUUGGUCUGGGGAGGAAUUGGGACCCGAAUGGAUGCCAGUGUUGAAGAACUACUGAUCAAAUGGUGCACCAGGUUCAAAUCUGGAAAGUGA